AGUCCAUCCUGUUGGUCUAUAUGGAGCAUUUCGUUGUUCUGUGAUUUAUUGUUUUGAUAUUUAGUUCUCAAUUUUCAGCUUAAUUUUAGGUUAUUGUUUGAAGUUUGAAUAUUUAAAAAUCAUGUGUUAUUACUGUCACCGACUGUCCUUGUGAAUGAGUAAAAUUUGAACCGGACUACACAAGAAUGUCUAACAGAGACUCCAAUGAUACAAUAGAUUAUGAUGAUCCUAAAUUCAGAAUAACUCCUUUUCAACAGGCAGCUGCAUCAUGUACCGGGGCUGUUGUAACCUCACUAUUUGUUACUCCCUUGGACGUGGUGAAAAUCAGGUUGCAGGCUCAACAAAAGGCUGUGAAAUCUCAGUCGAAAUGCUUUCUAUAUUGCAAUGGUCUCAUGGACCACUUUUGUAGGUGUAGUCCCGAUGAUCCUAACUCUCGAUGGUUACAAAGGCCUGGCCACUUCAACGGAACCAUUGACGCCUUCAUAAAAAUAAGUCGGACAGAAGGAAUAAGCUCUCUCUGGAGUGGCUUGAGUCCAACCCUUGUAUUAGCAGUACCUGCCACUAUAGUGUAUUUUGUAGUAUAUGAACAAUUGAGACUAAAAUUGAAAGGCGUUCAUAAUGGAGAUAAUGCAAUUCGAAAGCAGCCGUUUUGGAUACCUCUUAUAUCCGGAGCAACGGCUCGUACCCUCUCCGUUUCCAUUGUUAGUCCUUUGGAAUUGAUAAGGACUAAAAUGCAAUCAAGAAAACUUAGUUACCUUGAAAUUGGGGAAGCCCUGAAAAUUCUUGUGAGGCAAGACGGUGUUAGAGGGUUAUGGAAAGGUAUUUUUCCGACGCUGUACAGAGACGUACCCUUUUCUGCCAUAUACUGGAUGAGCUAUGAGACAAUUAAAGUAUUAUUGGGCGGUCCAGAUCCCCAGCCAUCUUUUUGGAGAAGCUUUAUAUCGGGAGGUAUAUCAGGAGGUCUUGCCGCUACUAUAACCACACCCUUUGAUGUUGUGAAAACACAUCAACAAAUUGAAUUUGGAGAAACAACUUUAUACGGCGAUAAACCACAAAAAAGUAGGACGACAGCCGAAGUCAUCAGACAAAUCUACAGGGAGCAGGGCAUCCGCGGGUUAUUUACCGGUGUAGUACCCCGCCUGAUCAAAGUAGCUCCGGCUUGUGCCAUCAUGAUAUCCUCCUUCGAGUACGGGAAAAUAUUUUUCAACAGGUUAGCUAAUACGGAGUUCAUCCCUGAUGAUAUUGAGACAAACACAUUACCUGCGCAACACAAAGUACCUGGUACUGGUAGCAGUACCAGCGGUUCAUUGUUAAAGCCAAAGAACAUUAUUAGUUCAAGUAAUUCUAGUCAGGAAUUGUUGUGAUGGGAUUGUGAUAAUGGGUCUGAGUUCUUGGUUGAAUCAUUUUGAAACUUCGUCAUUCCUAAUAGAUGGCUUCGAUGUUGAUGGGAUUGGUUUCUAUCAUAGGUAGACAAAUACCGACUUUAAUGUAAAAAAAAUCCACCGGUUGUACAUAAAAUAUCUGCCAUUUCAAACUGUUAUUGUUACCAUUAUCAACCAUUUUAUAUGUUGUUCAGUUCAUAUAUAGGUGAGUUCAUUAAAUUUUUCAAUAUUCGUUUUA